CAAAGUAUUCUAAUGUCAUUUCUGUUACCGUCGGGCUUUGUAUUUUCUUUGUUUAAUUCGCCGCUUGUGAUAUUGAGUAUUUUAAAACAUACAAAAUGCGAUGUGAGCUAUGUGCCGACCCAAAUGUGGGCCCAGGACACGAAAUCUCAGAAAAGCAUAUUAGGAACAAAGUGCUUUAUGAUUAUUCCUUCAACAGGAAGCAGUUUGCUGGUAACCGCAAGGAAAUUUUGGUGUUAUGCAGUGUGCAAACUUCAUUCACAACUCUAGUGGACAGUGCAGACCCGAAUAUCAAAAUUUCUGCAAGACCGAAGGAAGACAUAACAUUCAAUUUCAAAAUCAAGAAUGACAGCAAAGCGGAAGACAUAAUGGUUGUAUUUAUACAAAUGGCUCACACCAAACUCAAUUUCAAGAUGAAUGAUCAUGGCCUCCAAUUUGGAUGCAAGCCAUUGAUUAUAAAACCAAAAGCAACGUUGCAGAGAGAAAUAAAGAUAUCAUUCGCAUGUGGCGAUGUGGGGCAGUACGAGAUGCCGAUUAUUUUCUCGUUCCGCAAGCCCGCCAGCAAAGAGAGCGUCGUCAUUAUUAGAGACAUGGUGGUUUACGUAGAAGAGCAACUGACAACCCACGAGAUAUUAAUCAGUCCAUACACAAGGAAGCAAGUCUGCGCCGACAAGUUGUUAAAGACCACCGUAAAUGAGGGCGCACCUAGUUACUCGAGGUACAAGGCGCGCGGCGGUGGCUUCCGAGGCGACGACAUGUUUCGCAUACCGAAGAAUUACAAGAGCAUUUACGCCAACAAUUUGAAGGUGAAAGAAGGAGAAGACGUCUCUCAGGAACAGAGGAAUCUUUGUAAUGAAAUCAAAGAAAUUUUUGAAACUGGUGUAACUAAAGAAAACUACAUAAGAUUCUUCCACAAUCUGCUUUGGUAUGAAGAAACAAUUGCACGAAUUAAUCUUAAGAAAUACAACAUGUCAGGAGUACCUCUUUUGGCCAAAGGUGACUAUUACGCUUUGGUCGUUCCUGGUCUUGGUGAGAAACGACCUUCACUGAUGUUAGGUGACCUGGUGUUCCUAAAGCCGCAAGAUAACGAAGAGUUAAUGUUCGAGGCCAUCGUCACUGACAUGGCCGCCGAGAACAUUGUCUACGUCAGUGGAUUGCAUCCUGAUUUCAAGAAAUUCUACCGUAUAGACGGUCUAUUUGACGUACGUUUCAUCAUGUCCCGUAUGCCGCUCGAGCGCAUGCACCAGGCCGUAAACUCGGUCGUCAAGGAAAGCGUCGACGUAAAACGGGUCUUCCCUCACGCAAACAAGAAUAUUGUGCAAGUUAAACCUAUAAAGUACUAUUACAACCCUAAAAUCGAAACUAACGCUGAACAGCGUUUGGCGGUGGAACGCAUCGUUAGUGGCACAUCAGGUACUGCUCCUUUUCUCGUGCACGGUCCGCCCGGCACUGGCAAGACUGUUACCAUCGUCGAGGCCAUCCUGCAGCUAGUGAACAAAAAUGCAAACAACCGCAUAAUGGUGUGCACGGAUUCCAAUAUGGCAGCUGACCACGUGGGCACCGAGCUCAUCAAAUACACGCACAUGCUCACACACCUCCCAAAGGGGCAGAUGUUGUUGCGUGCGAACUCUAAAUUCCGCGUAUGGGAAACUUUACCGGAAAGCCUGAUGAGCUACUCGAACGGCUACAACUACGACACGUUUACGCGGUUAACAAUCCAAAUCUUCAAGACGUACAAAAUCGUCAUCACUACGCUGUCCCAUGCCGCCAAGUUCGCCAAAGAGUUACGAAUAAAGCGCUUGAAGCGUCCAAUCACGCAUCUGUUUAUCGACGAGGCAGCCCAAGCGAGCGAGCCUGCCUGCCUCAUCCCUAUUUGUGGUCUGCUGUCACCCAACGGAGCCUUAGUACUUGCCGGGGAUCCGUUGCAACUUGGACCUGUUAUCAUUUCACAUAAUGCUCGAAGACUUGGUCUAGGGCUAUCCCUAAUGGAGCGUUUGAAGACAAAUUGUGAGCUGUACAGCGCCGAGCGCAACGACGAUAACUACAUGGUGAUGCUAAAGAACAACUUCCGAUCUCACGCUGACAUCCUGCACAUCCCCAGUGAGCUAUUCUAUAUGAAACAAUUGAGGGUGUUGGCUAACGAAGACCCAUUAAGCCGCACUGACAUUUUGUGUGAGAGAGCACAGAGCCGGGCUAUCGUGUUCCACGGUGUGCUCUCCAAAGAACAACGGAUGGGCAAAUCUCCCAGUUACUUCAACGAUAUGGAGUCGAAAAUAGUGCAGGUAUACAUCGAGCUUCUGAUCAAGCAACAUAAAGUGCUGCCCGAAGACAUAGGUGUGGUUACACCCUAUAUUCGUCAGGUGUACAAAAUCAAGAAAUGGCUGGAAAGCCAGCAUUUCGGGCCGGGCAGGAUCGAAGUGGGCACCGUUGAGGCUUUCCAAGGAAAAGAGAAGCGCGUGAUCAUCAUCUCCACAGUGCGCGCCAACUGCGGUCUGCUUGACCACGACGCUAAGUUCCAGCUCGGAUUUCUCGUCGAUGAUAAACGUUUCAACGUAGCAUUGACACGAGCCAAAGCCAAAGCAAUCGUAAUUGGCAACCCGCUGUGUCUGGAGAGGGACGUGAAAUGGCGCACUUACAUCAACAAGUGUCGCGAAUUCGGUACAUACUUCGGCUUCGACUCGCAACUUCACCAAGCAGAUGAAAUUCAAAAGGAUAUUGUGGAGAAAAUCACGCCCAUAUUAAAAAACUUGAAGUUAAACAAAGCCAAGGCCUAGUUACAUUCAAAUUGUGAUUCCAAAAAGUUUUGUGAUUAGUUUUUUUUUUUUUGAGAUAUAGUUUAAGAAAGGAAGAAGAAAGAAAAUACAUUUAUUUGCACUUACAUUAGGUUUAAGUCGGAAUCAGGUUUCAUUGUUGUCAUAUAUCAGUGCCUCCAGUAGAAAACGGAAUAAGACGAGUUAUGCCCUUUUGUUUUUAUUGCACCAUUGGCUUGAGCGUGUCCGAUUACAAAACAUAUCAAAAUGACGUGACUCCUAACCUCGUUUUUUAUAUUGGACUAAGGGCAUAACUCACUGUUUCUAAUGGCAUAAUAUUAAUUAUCGGGCAUUUUUUAUGAGUCCAAAGGUACAAGUGCUCUCAACUCCAAAAAGUAUAUUCAAGUUUAACGAAUAACUACACAUAUACUGUUACAUAAAGACACUUUUCGUGUUGUUCCAUAAUGACGGGGAAAAAAGUAGGACUAAAAACGACUAUUCCCUUAUUCCAUAGUGUACAUAAAGGCACAACUCACUCAACACAGUUACUUUCGCAUUUAUAAUAUUAGUUUAGAUUGGCUUAAGUUGAUGUUUUAUCAAAACGACAACAAAUAAUUGGGUUAAAAAUAAUUUAAACCGGGACGUACUUUGAAUCUGGAGGAUGAUGC